GCCGCAGCCUGCCGGAGCCCCGGAGCUGUUUUCUAAGCCGUGGAAGAGAGACCCAGGGAUUUAUUCGCAGUUCCUCAGUGCCUGCUGUGUCCCGGGCCGGAUGCGCACGGACAUGGAGAGUGUCAGCCUCCAGCGAUCCGCCUGGAAAUGGCAAGUACUGAGUUUGUUUUUGCUCUGCGGCUGGGGCUGGGGCUCCGGGCAGAUCCACUACUCGGUGUUUGAGGAGUCAGAGUUGGGAACCGUGGUGGGGAACGUGGCCCGGGACCUGGGCUUGAAGGUGGAGGAGCUGCCAGGUCGCAGGCUGCGCCUGGGCUCCGAGGAGAGCUUGCGCUACUUCUCCGUGCGCCUGGACAGCGGCACGCUGGUGGUGAGCCAGCGGCUGGACCGCGAGCGUCUGUGCGGAGCAGCUGCCAGCUGCGUGCUGUCGGUGCAGGUGGUGACAGAGAACCCCCUGCAGCUCUUCCGCCUGGAAGUGGAGAUCCUGGAUCUGAAUGACAACUCCCCGAGCUUCCCCACUGCUCACCGCACCCUGCGCAUCGCCGAGUCUGCCACGGUGGCUGCGCGCUUCCCCCUGGAGAGCGCGCAGGACCCCGACGUGGGCAGCAACGCUGUGAGCUCCUACCGGCUGAGCCCCAACUCGCACUUCUCUCUGGACGUCAAGCAGCAGCCGGAUGGCAAACUCUUCCCGGAGCUAGUGCUGGAGCGUGCCCUGGACCGGGAAGAGCAGCCAGAAGUGCAGCUGGUGCUGACGGCUGUGGACGGGGGAAGCCCAGCGCGCUCGGGCACGGCGCAGAUAACGAUCCAGGUCCUGGAUGUCAAUGACAACGCGCCCACCUUUGAGCACACCACAUACAAGGUGAAAGUCCCGGAAAACACACCUGUGGGGGCUGUGCUCCUCCGGGUCAAUGCGUCUGACCCCGAUGAGGGUCCCAAUGGGGAGACACAGUACUCCUUUGGGGUUCACACCUCCGACUCGGUGCGGAGGCUCUUUGCCCUGGAUCCCCACUCCGGAGAGGUCCGGGUGAGUGGGGCCCUGGACUUUGAGGAAUCGCGUUUCUAUGAGAUCUACGUGCGAGCCCACGAUGGAGGGGUCCCAGAGAUGGAGGGCAACUGUGUGCUGCAGGUGCAAGUGGAGGAUGCCAAUGACAACCCCCCGGAGGUGCUGCUCACCUCCCUGUUGAACCCGGUGCCAGAAGACACCCCACCGGAGACUGUCGUGGGGCUCUUCAAUGUACGGGACCGAGACUCGGGGGCCAAUGGGGAUGUGAGCCUGGAGAUCUCCCCCGAUGUGCCUUUUGCCAUCAGGUCCCUUCAGAACCACUUCUCCCUGGUCACCCAGAAGAGCCUGGACCGAGAGUCUACCUCACGGUACGCAGUGGAGCUGAUCGCUCGGGAUGGUGGCUCUCCUGCCCUCACCAGCACGCUCACACUGCUCCUCAAUAUAUCUGAUGUGAAUGACAACCCCCCACGCUUCUCGCAGCCCUCCUACGACGCCUUUCUCCAGGAGAACAACCCGCCUGGCUCCCUGCUGUGCACCGUCUCUGCCUCAGAUCCUGACGACGGGGAUAAUUCCCGCCUUGUUUACUCCAUAGAGAGUGGCCAAGUGCAGGAUGCCCCCAUCUCUUCCUUUGUCCACAUCAACCCUGACAAUGGUAAUCUCUACGCUCAGCGCACCUUCGACUUCGAGCAGCUGCAGGUUCUGCCGGUGUCCGUGGUCGUGAGGGACUCGGGGUCCCCCCCGCUCUAUGCCAACGUUACCGUCUACAUCUUUGUGCUGGACCAGAAUGACCAUCCCCCCACCAUCCUGCGCCCCGCCAGUGACAGCGAUGUGCCGGCACCCCAGAGGGUCCCGCUGUCCGCCCCACCGGGCUACCUGGUGGCCAAGGUGACAGCAGUGGAUGCAGAUGCUGGGCACAACGCCUGGCUCUCGUACCGGCUGUUGCCGCAGUCCACCGACCCCUCCUUGUUCCAUGUGUCCCUGUACACAGGGGAGGUGCGGACGGCGCGUGCCUUCCAGGACAGCGACAUGGCAGUGCAGCAGCUCGUUGUCCUGGUGACGGACAACGGUGACCCGCCGCUCUCCACCACUGCCACCAUCACCGUGGCCCUGGAGGAGGCAGCCCUGGAGGAGAGCUUCAAGCCUCAGGAUUUCCUGGCUGGUGCCAAAGAGAAGCCGGACCUGACCUUCUACCUGAUCAUCGCGCUGGCAGCCGUCAGCACGGUGGCACUGGCCACUGUCACCCUGCUGGCCGCCCGGUGCCUCCGGCGCAGGGGCCGCGCCGCCGUCUCGCCCUACUGCUGCUGCUGGCUCAGCGAGUCGCCCUCCCGGGACUUCUGCAAGCACUCCAGCCCCAAACUGCAGCUCAGCUCCGACGGCACCCUUAAGUACAUGGAGGUCACGCUGCGACCCACCGACUCCCCAUCCCAGCGCUACAGCACCUGCUUCUCCCCCGGCUCCGAGCGGAGCGACUUCACCUUCCUGCGGCCCUGCCCAACCCCCGCCACGCUGCCGAGGGAGAGCGGGGCUUUCCUGCCCGCCGCCGGCACGCUGCGGGACCGCGGCCAGGUGAGCGGCAAUGCCGGGGCGGGGUCCGGCGGUGCCGGCCGUUCCGACGGCGCGGGCCCCGCGGGGGGCGCGGAGCGGCCGCUCCGGUUCGCGGCGCGCGGCUCCGGUUCGCGGGCCGUGAUUGGCGCCGGUGUUGCUGUCCUGGGGAAGGAGCGCGGCGAUUGGAGCGGCGCCGCCGCGCCCGCAGCCAAUGGGCAGGCGCGCCGGUCCCUGGGGCUGCCGCGCGUCUUCUCCUUCUGUCUGUUCUUGCACAGCUCAUCUGCUCAGAUCCGAUACAGCAUCCCGGAGGAGCUCACACGGGGUGCCUUUGUGGGCAAUAUCGCCAAGGACCUGGGCACCGAUGUGGCUAAACUGGCGGCAGCUAAUCUGCAGGUACUGUCGGAUUCGGAUUCGCAGUACUUCUCCGUCAAUGUGAACACCGGGGUUAUUAUGGUCAGCGAGAGGAUAGACCGGGAGCAGCUCUGCGGGCAGAACCCACGCUGCUUCCUCCACUUGAAACUUGCCAUCGAGAACCCAGUGGAGUUCUACCGUAUCGAGGUGGAGAUCCUGGAUAUCAAUGACAACCCCCCGGAGUUCCCCAGCGAUGAGGUUUCCUUGCGCAUCUACGAGCUGGCAUCCCUGGGUGCCCGCUUCCCCAUCCAGCCAGCCCAGGACCCCGACGUGGGCACCAACACCUUGCAGACCUAUCACCUGAGUGCCAAUGACAACUUCAACCUCAACGUGAAGGCCCGCACUGAUGGUGGGAAGUUCCCUGAGCUGGUGCUGGAGCGGGCCCUGGACCGGGAAUUCAGAGCUUUCCACUACCUGGUCCUGACUGCUGAAGAUGGGGGCUCUCCCCCACAGUCCAGCAAGAUUCGCAUCACUAUUCAGGUGCUGGAUGCCAAUGACAACCACCCGGUCUUCGACAGACCAUCCUACGGAGCACGCUUGGUGGAGAACUCGCCGCUGGGCACCCUCGUGGUGAAGUUGAAUGCCACUGAUGUGGACGAAGGACCCAACGGCGACAUCCGCUACUCCCUCAGCAGCCACAACUCGGCUGCCUUACGCCAGAUCUUUGCCAUCGAUGAGCAAACUGGGGAGAUCCGUGUCCAGGGCAACCUGGACUUUGAGGAGGCGACGGUGUAUGAGAUCGAAGUGGAGGCCAAGGACAUGGGGUCGCCCACCAUGGAGGAGCACUGCAGCGUGGUGGUGGAAAUCACCGAUGUCAACGACAACGCCCCUGAGGUCAUUCUUACCUCCUUCUCGAGCACCCUGAGCGAGGAUGCGCUGCCGGGCACGGUGGUGGCCGUGAUACACGUCAGAGACAGGGACUCUGGCGAGCAGGGCAAGGUCCUGUGUCACGUGUCUCCAGACCUUCCCUUCCAGCUGCGUAAGGACUACGAGCACCAGUACUCGCUGCUCACCAGCACCCGUUUGGACCGGGAGCGUGUUGCCUACUACAAUGUCACCGUCUCUGCCUCGGACCUGGGCAAUCCCCCGCUCUCCCGCCACACCAUCUUGCCAAUCACCCUGAUAGACGUCAAUGACAACGCCCCCCAGUUUGAGCAAGCGUCCUAUGAAGUGCUGGUGGCAGAAAACAAUCCCGUGGGCAGCGUGCUGGUUACAGUCUCUGCUGCCGACCCCGACUCGGAGCAGAAUUCCCGCCUGUCCUACUCCAUCCUGCGAGCUGGUGGGACAGAUCCAGGCCUGGAUCCUACUCGCUACCUCUCGAUACAUCCCACGAAUGGGCAGGUCACUGCCAAAUUCCCUUUUGACUAUGAGCAAACCACCUAUCUCCAGUUCCACGUGGAGGUCUCUGAUGGUGGCUCCCCGGCCCUGAGGAACAGAACACUGGUUCAUGUUUUUGUGGUGGACCAGAACGACAACGCCCCACGGGUGCAUUUCCCCAGGGCUGGGGAGGACUCCGCCACUCAGUUCCGAAUUUCCCCCUCCAUCGUCCCUCCUGCCCUCAUCACCAAGGUGGUGGCAAUAGAUGCGGACUCGGGGCGCAAUGCCUGGCUGUCCUACCACCUCGUGGAAGCCACAGACCUGGGGCUUUUCAGCGUGGCCCUGCGUUCCGGGGAGGUCCGGAUCACUCGGGCUCUGCAGGAGACGGACGCCUCUGAGCACGAGCUGCUGGUGGUGGUCCGGGAUGCCGGGGAGCCCCCGCUCUCCACAGCGGUCACACUGGUGGUGCUGGUGGAGGAGAAGGGUCCAGAGGCCCUGCAGGGCUCCGAGGCUCGGGCCGCUGAUGGUGGGGGCUUGCCCUCUAUUACCCUUUAUCUGAUUGUGUCCCUAGUGCUCAUCUCCACCGUCUCGCUGGUGGGACUGGCAGCGCUGGGCAUUCGGUGCCUCCGGCGGGGCUCUGCACCUGCCAACCAGGGCUGCUGCGUGGAGAGCGUGAACACGCUUCAGCCUCCUCCCAGCCACAUCUUUGGGCACUUGCACUAUGAGCCUAAGAAAGGGGACACUGUGAUGGGCGUGCAGGUGACAGCAACGGCGCCCCCCGCCCCUCGGUACCGCUCCUGCUUUUCGCCGGUCUCGGAUAUCAGCGAGUUCAUGUUUGUGAAACCCUCCGCGGAUCCCGCCCUGUGCAGCGAGCAAGCUCAGCCUAACACAGACUGGCGUUUCUCUCAGACCCAGAGACCUGGAACAAGUGGCUCCCAGAAUGGAGAGGAAGCUGGAGCCUGGCCCAGCAACCAGUUUGACACAGAGAUGCUCCAAGCCAUGAUCCUGGCUUCAGCCAACGAAGCUGCUGAUGGUAACUCGACCCUGGGCGGUGGCAAUGGCACGAUGGGGCUGAGCGCCCGCUACGGUCCCCAGUUCACCCUGCAGCACGUCCCCGAUUAUCGGCAGAACGUCUACAUCCCUGGCAGCAACGCCACCCUCACCAACGCCGCCGGCAAGCGCGACGCCAAGAACGCCGCCCCCGCCGGGGGCAACAAGAAAAAAUCCGGCAAGAAGGAGAAGAAGUAGUGAAGAAGAAAAAAAAAGGAGACCUUAGAGCUACAGGGCAGCCGGCUCCAGCACUCCCCCCAAAACCACAGCUCAGGCCGGAGGACGAAUGUGAAAUUUUUUUUUUUUUUUUUUUUUUUUUUUUUUUUGUGGUGCAAAAGUAGGAAAUGCUGCGAAUGUAUCUCGUCAUCACCAGAGCUGAGAGCAGGGGCUCGCUGCUCUCAGGUCUCGUGAUGGAAACCAAUCCGGAAUCUAAACCGAACGCAAACAAGUGCCCUGUGAAUAAUGUUUUAUACAGUCCCUCGGGUAUUAGAAUAUGCAAGGGCGGAAGGUCUUUUGCCGUGUCUUUGGAUCCGAUUUGCUCCAAGUUAGUCCGAGGAAAGGCACAAGGCUUGUGCUCGGCUUUGCCCAGUGUAAAUAAUUUUAAUGUGGAUCUUUUAAUUUAUAGCCCUUCAGCUAUUUUUUGGAAAGGAAAAAGGAAGUUCUUAGCUUAGAGCCCAUGCUCCAGUUCUUCGCUCUUAAAUUUUCCAUUCGUAAAAUUCACCCCCAGUCAAUGAUAGCGAUGGAUUUUGGAAUUUGGAAGUUGGUAGGGAGUGCUUCAGUUCCUGCUUACCUGUCAUCUG